GGGCGCAGAGAAUAUGAGGGAGAAUGAGAGAGAGAGCGGGGGAGAGAUUAAGUACCGCGGCGUCCGGAAGCGGCCGUGGGGGAAAUUCGCGGCGGAGAUUCGAGAUUCCGCGCGCCAGGGCGCGCGGGUUUGGCUGGGGACGUUUAACACGGCGGAGGAGGCGGCCAGGGCUUAUGAUAGGGCGGCUUACGCCAUGAGAGGCCACCUCGCCAUCUUGAACUUCCCGGAGGAGUAUAAUUUGCCCAGAACCUCUUCGCAUUUUUACUCGGCCUCGUCGGCAUCGGCGUCGGCGGCUUCUUCUUCACGGCAAGAGAGAGAGGUUCUUGAGUUGGAGUAUUUGGAUGAUAAGGUUCUAGAAGAGCUUUUGGAUUGUGAUAAAGAGGAAAAUAGGAAGAAGAGAGGUUAAUCUAUCAACUCUAUCCCCCUCUCUCUGCAUGGCAUUUCUGGGAGUUUUGAAAUGUGUUCAAACACCUUAUAGUCUGGUGGCAUAAGUGCGGAAAUUUUUAUAAAAGGUCUCAAGAAGUGUUUAGACACCUUAUAAUCUAGUGGCAUAAGUGCGGGAUUGGUUCAAAUAGGGACUUUGGAGCACCAAAAAAAAAAAUUGAUAUGCUUCAUGCAUUAGCCUUUAAAGUUUCAUUAUCUUCUCUUUACCUUUCAACUAUUAUUACAUUUUCAUUGGCUAGUUUAGAGCAGCCAGAAUUGAAUUGAGCUUGCUUUCAGCAAGCUCAGUUCAUGCAAUGUCUAUUUCUUUUAUUUUUGUUUUUUGUUUUUUGUUUUUUUUAUGACUAUUUUUAUGGAUUAAUGACUUGCUCUUUUUCUUCUUUUUUGUCAAGGCCAAAAGCACUUUUUGACUUGGCAGACUAUUGUAAAAUAUGCACUUUAUUUGAUAUUGAAGGUCAAUUAUAAUUAUAAUUGCAAGUGUA